AGGCCCCAGCCCUGUCGCCAUUGAGCGAAGCUAAUAUUCUCCCCGGCAUAUGGUCCCCCAAAAUCUUUGCUAGAGAUCCGGGAAAACAAACGAACAAAACAACAAAAUCCCCGUGCCACCUCUCGUUGGAGCCCCACCCAACAUCCAGGCUGCCUGCAAACUUCCUGGCUGGUCCCCGGACGGUGCACUGCUGGACACCGCUGUCAGGGCGGGUGGGAAUUUGCAGCUGCGAUGCGGCGCAAGCCAUACAGUUGAGUGCGACGCGGGAGUUCCGGAGCCGCUGGCAUGGGAGCAGCAGUGAAAGCAGCCAGUCUGAGAUAUUGACACUAUAGAAAAGAACUGUCAGCUCACUCCUCGUAUUGAUCUGGCUUCUCUACAAACAGAGAAUCUUCUCCCUACCAGAGACUACAGUUCUGCCCCAGAGACAACAAGUAUGAAUACCACAGACAGUGGUGUCAACUGUCUAUGUGCCAUCUGUGGUGACAGAGCAACAGGAAAGCACUAUGGGGCAUCCAGCUGUGAUGGCUGCAAAGGCUUUUUCAGGCGUAGCAUUCGGAAGAGUCACGUUUAUUCCUGCAGGUUCAGUCGCCAGUGUGUUGUUGACAAGGACAAAAGGAAUCAAUGCAGAUACUGUCGAUUAAGAAAAUGUUUUAGAGCAGGAAUGAAAAAAGAAGCGGUGCAAAAUGAGCGCGACAGAAUCAGCACAAGAAGAAGCACGUACGAGGGCACCAACAUCCCCUCCAUCAAUACUCUGGCACAAGCCGAAGUGAGGUCCUGCCAGAUCUCAGUCCCAAACCCCAGCGCCAGCACUGACAUAAACGUUAAGAAAAUUGCAAGCAUCAGUGACGUUUGUGAGUCCAUGAAGCAACAGCUCUUAGUAUUGGUGGAAUGGGCCAAAUACAUUCCUGCCUUCUGUGAAUUGCCUUUGGAUGACCAGGUGGCCCUAUUGAGAGCUCAUGCCGGGGAGCACUUACUUCUUGGAGCUACAAAGAGAUCCAUGAUGUACAAAGAUAUUUUGCUUCUGGGAAACCACUACGUUAUUCACCGCAACAGCUGUGAAGUUGAAGUCAGCCGUGUGGCCAAUAGAGUUCUUGAUGAGCUGGUUAGACCCUUCCAAGAGAUCCAGAUAGAUGACAACGAGUACGCAUGCUUGAAGGCCAUUGUGUUUUUUGACCCAGAUGCAAAGGGAUUGAGUGACCCUGGGAAGAUUAAGAACAUGCGGUUCCAGGUGCAGAUCAGCCUGGAGGACUACAUCAAUGACCGGCAGUAUGACUCGCGCGGCAGGUUCGGAGAGCUGCUGUUGCUGCUGCCAACCCUUCAGAGCAUCACCUGGCAGAUGAUCGAGCAAAUUCAGUUCGUCAAACUGUUCGGCAUGGUCAAAAUUGACAACCUCCUGCAGGAAAUGUUGCUGGGUGGUGCGGCCAAUGAUGGUGGUCAUCCCCAUCACCCAAUGCACCCACAUUUGUCUCAAGAUCCACUAACUGGGCAAACUAUACUUUUAGGUCCAAUGUCCACACUGGUUCAUACAGACCAGAUUGCCACUCCAGAAACCCCACUUCCUUCCCCACCCCAAGGCUCUGGACAAGAGCAGUACAAAAUCACUGCAAACCAAGCUUCAGUCAUUUCACAUCAACCCCUUUCUAAGCAAAAGCAACUGUGAGAUGGAGCUUCAUUUCAAAUGGCACUGCACAAAUGUGAAACACAUUGGUCUUCAAAUGUCUCAGGAUGAUACUUUUGUCUAGUUUAGGCAAGGCUUCUUCAUGGUGCUGUUGUAAGAUGGUAUCCUAUUUUCUUGUCUAUAAAUACAUUUUGUUUAUUGUUGCUGUAAAGUAAAGCUUUCACAUGCAACCUAUGUAUAUUUGACUUAUACAGUUAUAUAGACUGUUAUAUAGUGUAUCAUUUCCAACUGUCCCUGCACUGUGCCUGAACCACUGAUGUAUGACUUCUAUUUUUUUUCAUAAUAUUAAUUUAAAUUUGUAAAUAUUUGCUUUGGUAUGAUCUGAUGCAGAACCCAGUGUUCUUUUGGUAGAUAAGAAAUGCUAGUUAAUACAAAAUCAAGUAAUUUUUUUAUAAUAUCAAAUUGUAAACUUAAAGAUUUAGUAGCUAUAGAAUAGAGUAUUUAUCUGAUGGAGAAUACAUCAGGGCUUGCUGUGGCCAGCAGUAAAUGUGCCUAUGUUAAAUUCAGAGAAUCAGCAGCAUUGUAAAGAUGACUGGUGAUUUUCUGCAAUGUGACUAUAUUUGAAGAGGUCUGCUAAAGCAAAGAAUGCUGCUGCUUUUAGUUAGCAUAAAGGCCAAUGGAAAACAGAGAAAUAUGAAACCAUAUUUCAACAAAAAAUGUGAUUUAUUUCUUAUUCCUAGGACAUCUGGAAAGCCCCCCAUUCAUUGGAACUUAGCAUGUCUCCUGGGAAGUCAGGAGAGUCUUUCUAGAGAGAUGUGUGUCAGUUCACGACAUGGAAUGCUAUGGGAGAAAGGAUGCUGGGGAGCAAAUUAUUGAUUACAUUUGCUCAACCCACUUCUGAUUGGCUUUAAUCUGAAUGUGUCACAAAAGAAUACAUGAAAUUAUUACAGAGUGCUUUUGUAAACACCCAAUGGCUGAUGAUGAAAUAUUAUUUGUCAUGGUACUCAUAAAUAUAAGUAACAAGUAGUAUUUGCAGUGAGGAAAACAGACCAGUUUUGUAUCUCUUGCAAUCUUCACAUCAUCCCCUAAAGUACUAAAGAUAAAAUGUACACUAGAUUUAUUUUCAUGACUUAGAAAUUUUUGCAACAUAGAAUUUUGCUGAACAUUUAAUUCUAGAUUGAGAAGUAGCCCCAACUACCUGAGAUAACUCAUAGAUGGGAUUUAUUUUAAAAGCACUAAAAGUCAUCAAUGUGUAUCUAUGUAUUUCUCUUUCUUCUGCUCCUUUUCCCUCCCUCCCUCCCUUCCUCCCUCCCUAUCGAUCUAUAUCUAUCUAUCUAUCUAUCUAUCUAUCUAUCUAUCUAUCUAUCUAUCUAUUGAUCGACUGAUCUAUCAAUCUUCUAUCUAAUCUAUUUCUUUGUGUGUGUCUGUCUGUCAUGCCUUUCUUGUUUCGUUCCCUCUCUUACAUUUACUGAAGCAGUGAAUAUGGUUGAAUAUAUAGCUGUAGAAAUUUAUCUAACAUCUAUCAAGAGAAAAGAGUACCUCUAUCUUCAGGAUUUUGGAUUAAAGUUCUCAAGGAAUCUUCUCAAUUUCUCAGAUUAUGAGUCAUAUCCUCUACCUACCUAAUAGCACAAAAGUCACUGUAGUAUUAACUAUAUUGGCUCUAAAUAUCAAAUAAUGUGAAAGCUAUCAGUGAUUUCACAGAAACAGAUAUAUUUACUCAAACACUAUGAUCCUCAUGAAACUAAAAUAUAACAUUGAUGGAGGAUUUGGGAAGACAAGACGAGAGAGAGAGAGAGAGAGAGAGAGAGAGAGAGAGAGAGAGAGUUUCUUAAUUCUGAAUAUUUUAAACCUUCACUCUUCAGGAAAUUAGCAAGUUACUAAAUUUCAUGAAUGAAAUAUCUGUAGGUUUUUGUUUACUUGUUUAUUGUUAAUUCUUCUAAAGGACAAAAAGUCUGUUUGGGAAUAUAUAUAUAUAUAUAUAUAUAUAUAUAUAUAUCAUAACAAAAUACUUUAAGCUAGAAAGAAUAAACAACGGAAGUUUGUUUUUCAUAGCUGUCCAUGUUGGGAAGCCCAACAUAAAGAAUUAUCUGAUGCUCUGGUUCAUAGGUAGCUGUUUGUGAGAUAGUCUCAGGGUACCUCUUUCAUGAGAACAGGAUGCUCACUCAUGUAGGCUCUACUCUCAUGGUCUCCUCCCUUCGAGUUUUCCCACCUUUGCAUAUCAUCACAUACGUGACUACAUUUCAACAAAAAUGUGGAGGCUUAUGGGCAUUCAAGCCAUAGAAAAUAAUUUAAAAAUACAAAAUUCAAAAUUUAUUUUUAGUAAAUAAUGUAUCAACAAUGACUUAUUAAACAUAUAUUUUAGAAACUAUUACUAAUAAUUCUGUUUGGAAAACUAUGGUCAGUGAAUUUGUAAUAUACAACGUUUGUAUACUGAACUGCCAAAAAUGUUUUCAUCAUACUAUCAAUAUAUUGUUAAAGUUAUUGCUUUUAUAUAAUACA